UUCUUAAAUCACAUUCGUUACGUUUCUAACUAGUCUCCUUCCUAGACCUUUUCAUCAAAAUCUUCUUCUUUAAUACAUGAUUUUCUCUUCAAUACAUUUUCUUUUCCAUUUCACUGUUUCAGAUUGCCAUUUAUUUUCUUUUUCUUAUUCUUGGAGCUGAAUUCAGAGAUGGGAUUCUUGGGCAGUUUUCUGGGUAUCGUAGGUUUUGCUAUCGGAAUCCCCAUUGGACUCUUUCUUGGUUUCUUGCUAUUUGUUUACUCCAAGCCCAACCACGUGAAGGAUCCAGCUCAUAAGUCACUUGAUGAGUUUGAUGCCGAUGCUUUGCUUGAUCUUCUACCUGACAUUCCACUAUGGGUGAAGAACCCAGAUUAUGAACGGGUGGAUUGGUUGAACAGAUUUCUGUCUGAUAUGUGGCCUUAUAUUGAUAAGGCAAUUAGUUGCACAAUCCGAAACAUGGCACAACCUAUAUUCGCAGAGUACAUCGGGAAGUUUCAGAUAGAAUCUAUUGAUUUCGAUGUUGUUAGUCUUGGAACUCUUCCUCCGGUAAUUCAAGGUAUGAAAAUCUAUGAGACCAAUGAAAAGGAGCUAGUGAUGGAACCAGCAAUUAGGUGGGCAGGCAAUCCCAACAUAGUUUUGGUGUUAAAGUUAUUGUCUUUACGGAUUACAAUUCAGCUAGUGGAUUUGCAAAUAUUUGCUGCACCAAGGAUCGCAUUAAAACCUCUUGUACCUACAUUUCCUUGUUUUGCAAGCAUCAUAGUAUCAUUGAUGGAGAAGCCACAUGUUGACUUUGGAACAAAAGUACUUGGAGGAGACCUCAUGUCCAUACCUGGUCUUUAUCAAUUUGUUCAGAAAACGAUAAAAAAGCAAGUCGCAAACCUCUACCUGUGGCCUCAAACUCUUGAAAUACCCAUCCUUGACUCUUCAGCAGUGGCCAUAAAGAAGCCUGUGGGAUUACUGCAUGUAAAGGUUGUUCGUGCGCUUAAACUGUUAAAGAAGGAUUUCCUGGGAACUUCUGAUCCUUAUGUCAAACUCAGCCUGACUGGAGAGAGGCUGCCAGCGAAGAAAACCACCAUCAAAAAGAGGAACCUGAAUCCUGAAUGGAAUGAAAAUUUCAAGCUUAUUGUGAAGGAUCCCCAAUCGCAAGUCCUUCAAUUACAAGUCUAUGACUGGGACAAAGUUGGUCAACACGACCCUUUGGGAAUGCAGUUAGUUCCCCUGAAAAAGCUUACAGCUGGCGACAAAGAGUUUACUCUUGAUUUGCUCAAGAAUUCAAGUAUGAGUGAUUCUCAAGAAAAGAAGCAACGAGGGCAGCUUAUGGUUGAGCUCGCAUAUGUCCCCUUCAAAGAAGACAGCAUUAAAGCUAUUGAACUUAUGGAUGGAUAUGGGAGGAGGGAAAGUGGAAUUGACAGAUCAUCUGACGAGGAGGUUUUAAGUGGAGCAGGUCUGUUGUCCGUGAUGGUCGUAGGAGCUGAGGAUGUGGAGGGGGAAAGUCAUAACAAUCCCUAUGCUCUAGUCCUUUUUAGAGGAGAAAAGAAGAAAACAAAGAUGAUCAGGAAAACUCGUGACCCACGUUGGAACGAAGAAUUCCAGUUCACACUUGAGAAACCUCCUUUGAACGAGAAGAUAUGUUUUCAAGUUAUUAGCAAGCGGAGAGCCUUUAUUUUUCGAUCAAAGGAAUCAUUGGGACAUGUGGAAAUAAACCUCAAUGAUGUUGUGCGCAAUGGACGGAUCAACCAGAAAUACAAUCUUAUCAACUCAAAAAACGGGAUGAUACAUGUGGAGAUGCAGUGGACAAUGGUUUGAGGUAGAAUGGCUGUGUUGUGUUUGUGAGAAUUAUACAUAUAUGAUACAUACAGGAUUUUGAGAAACUAUUAUACAGCAGGAAAUUUACUUGAAGAUUUACUAGAUAGCAAAAGAAGAAAAAAGGGAAGAAAAAGCUGAAUGUAAAUUUGAAGUGAUAAUGUAUUUUUACCCAGUGUGGUUGAAAAAUAUUCUUGUUUUUUUUUUACUGUUUGGCUGUAAAUGAAAUUUGUGAGUGAAUAGAUUCAAAUCAUUUUGUUUGAUCAA